CUGACUGUCUUUAAAAAAGCAUUCAAACUUUACAGCACUGGUGAUUAACUUUAUCAUGAUGGUCAGUCAGGUCUAUGUAAGGAUAAGGUUACUGUUAGCCAGCUUCCUUUUUCUCUCUGUUUAUGGACAAACCUCAGGACCAUAUUUCAUGGUGACAUUUCCUGCAGUGAUCAAAUCUGGCUCUGAUGCAAAGUUCUGUGUGAGUCUUCUGAAGCCCAAUGAGACUCUGCACAUGAACAUUUACCUGGUUCAUGACAACCAGAACAGAAUACUUUUACAAGAGACAGUGGAAAAGGAGAUUCACCACUGCUCUCAUUUUGAGGCUCCACAGGUUGUGGGUGAAUCAGUGCAGGAGAUCAAAGUAGAACUCAAAGGUGAAAGUUUUAAGAUGACAAAGAAAAGUAAAGUGAUGUUUAAAUCCUACAACACUUUGGUUUUUAUUCAGACUGAUAGACCCAUCUACAGUCCAGGCCAAACAGUGAAUUUCAGAAUUGUCACUAUGGAUUUUAAUUUAAUCCCACUUGAACAAAAGUACAGGACAGUGAGUCUUCAGGAUAAUCACCAGAACAGGAUUGGUCAGUGGAUGAAUGUGUCCUCAACAGGUCUGAUAUUGCAGCUUUCUCAUGAGCUAAAUGCUGAGGCUCCACAGGGAUAUUAUAAGUUAACUGCUGAUGCUGGAAAUAGGUUGGUCACACACCAAUUCAAGGUGGAAAAAUAUGUUUUACCCAAGUUCGAGGUUACAGUGAAAGCACCAGCACAACACAGUGUCGAUGAGGAGGAACUGGAGCUAGAAGUUUGUGGAAAGUACACUUAUGGACAACCAGUAACUGGUCAAGCAGUGGUGCAGGUGUGCCGGAAAUUUUUGCAGAGCUAUGAUGAGGCCUCAAUGAUUUCACCCUGUCUGAGUGAAACGGUGGAGAUGGGUGAGACUGGCUGUGCAUUUGUUAUUGUCAGUGUGUCAAGUUUCAUGAACACUGAAGUUGAACAUAAUUUUAAGAAUCAUAUUGAUGCUACUAUUACACUCACAGAGGAAGGAACAGAUAUUGCCAUGGUGAAAUCCAAAACAAUAGACCUUUCUUUCCAAAUUGGUAAAGUGGAAAUUCUCGAGCCACCAACAAACUUUGAACAGGGAAAAGUUAUAGAAGGAAAGAUUAAAGUUACUACUUUCAGUGGAACACCAAUUCCUAACAAGAAGGUGUAUCUUUCAGAAGGUGAAUGGUGGUCUCAGAAGUUACUACUUAAUCUUACUACAGAUAGCAAUGGAUUGGCAAACUUCUCAGUUGCUUCACCAGAACAUCCUACAACAGUGAUAAUAUUGAGGGCAAGUGUCUAUCCAGAGGAAAAACACCGUGCAUACAAAACACCAUUCUUUUCAAAUGCUGAAGCACGUAUACAUCUGCUCCAACCUGCCACACCUUACAGUCCAGUGUUCAGUGAAUUGUCAAUAGAGAGCUCAGAGGAACCAUUUAAGUGUGGUGCUGAAAUUCCCAUAACCAUUAACUACUAUAUUGUUGGAGAAACUACUGGAAAUUACAGCAUUGAUCUUAUAUACACAGUCUUAUCUAAAGGAGCCAUAGUCCAUCAUGGACAUGAGGAAGUUGAAGUGGAAGCCUCUACAGAUGUCAGAAAAGGAAAAAUCUCAUUCAAACUAUCUAUUGUUCCUGAGCUGGCUCCUGUAGUGCAGGUUGUGGUGUACUCUGUCCUGCCCAGUAAGAACAUCAUCGCUGCUAACAAGAAUUUUGAUGUGGAAAAAUGUUUUGGAAAUAAGGUUUCGCUACAGUUCUCUCCCUCUAAAGCAGUUCCUGGUGAGAAGAACACUCUUGAGCUCUCGGCUCAUCCUGGUUCACUGUGUGGCCUCAGUGCUGUGGAUCAGAGUGUGUUCAUCUUAGAGUCUGGAGAACGCCUAAAUACUGACAAGAUAUUUAAUUUGUUGCCUGUGACAUCAGUAUCAAAUUAUCCUUACAUGGUUGAAGAUCAUCUGGAGUGUGUGCAUAUCAGGGAUGUACGGGAUGUACGGAUUGACCAUGUUUACAAUACAUUAAAGGGUGUGGGACUGAAGAUGGCAACAAAUUUGGCUAUUAGACAUCCUAACUGUUUGAUGUACAAAGGUGUGAAGUAUCACCGUCAUGCUUAUGAGUAUUACAGUGUGGAUCACAACAAUAUUGACUCAACAUAUUUUUAUGAUGUUGCGUACGAAUACUCAGGAUCAUUAAAUUAUGAACCCAUCAAAACAGUUCGCAAAUUCUUCCCAGAAACUUGGAUUUGGCAACUUGUUGAAGUGGGGGACUCUGGAUCAGCACAGCUUCCUGUCACUGUUCCUGACACCAUCACUACUUGGGAGACAGAGGCUUUCUGCGUGUCCUCUAGGGGUCUGGGACUGGCUCCUCCUGUUCAGCUCACUGUAUUUCAGCCCUUCUUCCUGGAGCUCUCGUUGCCCUACUCUAUUAUCCGGGGAGAAGUUUUUGAGCUGAAGGCCACGGUCUUCAAUUAUCUUUCCAAAUGUAUUAUGGUUAAAGUGACCCCGGCUCCUUCUUCAGACUACACUCUGGAACCCUCUUCUGAUGGCGAGUUUUCAUCCUGCCUGUGUGCAAAUGGCAAAAAAACCUUCAAAUGGACUCUGAUUCCCACCGUGCUUGGAGUCGUGAAUGUGACAGUGAGUGCAGAGGCAGAACAAUCCCAGACUGUGUGUGAUAAUGAGAUUGUGAGUGUUCCAGAGAGAGGCCGUAUCGACACAGUUACACGGAGUUUGACUGUGCAGGCUGAAGGAACUGAAAAGACAAAGAGCCAAAGCUGGUUAUUAUGCCCACAAGGCAACAGUGUUUCAGAGGAGUUGGAGCUGACUCUGCCUGAGGAUUUUAUAGAGGGAUCAGCACGAGCUUCUGUUUCAGUACUUGGAGAUAUACUUGGCCGUGCAUUAAAAAAUCUGGAUGGACAGCUAAGGAUGCCAUAUGGCUGUGGGGAACAAAACAUUGCUCUCCUCGCCCCCAAUAUCUACAUUCUUCAGUAUCUAGAGAACACUGAGCAGCUCACCAAAGCUAUCCGUGAGAGGGCUACUGGUUUCCUUAAGAGUGGAUACCAGAGGCAGUUAAACUAUAAGCAUUUUAAUGGUGCAUAUAGCACAUUUGGCAGGGGAGAGGGGAACACAUGGUUAACUGCUUUUGUCUUGAGGACUUUCGGUAAAGCACAACGUUACAUCUUUAUUGAUCCAGAAAUCAUUAACAGUGCAAAGCAAUGGCUAAUAAAUAAUCAGAGAUCAGAUGGCUGUUUCAUACGACAGGGAAGUCUGUUCAAUAAUAGAAUGAAGGGUGGUGUAAAUGAUGAUGUGACCAUUACUGCCUACAUCACUGCAUCAUUCCUUGAACUUGGAAACACAGUCCAGGAUCCUGUUGUGAGUAAAAGUCUGCUGUGCCUGAAGUCUUCAAUCGGUAACCUGACAAACACCUACACCACUGCGCUGUUGGCCUACACUUUCAGUCUGGCUGGAGAGAAUGAAACUCGAGAGCACCUGCUAAAAGAGUUGGAUAAUGUUGCUAUUGCUGGAGAUGGUCGGCUUCACUGGUCUCAGUCAGCAUCAGAUGACUCCGGCUCAUUGUCAGUGGAAAUCAGUUCUUACGUGCUGCUAGCUGUUCUCACUGCAGGUCAACUCACUACAGCUGAUUUGGGAUACGCUAAUAGGAUUGUCAGCUGGCUGGUGAAGCAGCAAAAUCCCUAUGGAGGCUUUUCCUCCACACAGGACACAGUUGUGGCCCUCCAAGCUCUGGCUCUGUACUCCACUAAAGUGUUCAGCUCAGACGGCUCUAGCACAGUAACUGUAAAGUCAGAAGGUGGACAUAGUCACAACUUUGUUGUGAACCAGAACAACAAUUUACUGUACCAAGAAAGAUCACUGCAGGAUGUUCCUGGCAAAUACAGCAUUGAUGUGAAGGGCUCCACCUGUGUGUCAGUGCAGAUAAAUGCAUCCAAUCUAAUUGGGAGGAAUGUUAUUCUGCAAUAAGACAACUGACCCAAAACACUGCCAACACAACAAAGGAGUUCAUCAUGGGGAAAAAGUUGAAGGUUUUAGACUGGCCAAGUUACUCAACAGACCGUAACCCAGUUGAACAUGCAUUUCACCUCUGAAGAGGAGACUGAAGAAACAAUCCCCACGAAACAAACAACAACUGAAAGAGGCUGUGGUAAAAGCCUGGAAUAGCAUCACAAAAGAAAAAACCAGCAAAAAAGGUGAUGUCAGUGAGUCACAGGCUUGGCGCGGUUAUUGCAAGCAAGGGAUAUGCAACCAAAUAUUAAGUAUUAUUUACUUUAAUUUACUUUAAUCUGUUCCAUUAAUUUUGCUCAACUAAAAAUUUGGUGAUAUGCCACAAAAGGUGCCAUGUUGUAAGUUGUUCAACACAUCUAGAUGUAUAUAUCAGGAAAGGAAAGCUGAAAUUUGGAUCUAUCGUCUUAUAUUCAUCUUUUCAUCUCAAACCCAAAUGUAUUCAGUGUACAGCAAAAACAAAAGAAUUGUCCUUGCCGUUCCAGUACUUUCAGAGGGGACUGUAACCUUCGCAAUUAAGUCUCACUGAAUUUUCUGUAAAUGGUAGGAAUCAUAAUAAACAUGCUUAAUAAAUAUUAGGUCACAGUGAACAAUGAACAGCCUCUUAAAAAUAAAUAAAAGGAAUUUAAAUUUGAGAAUAAACACUUUUACUCUCACAGUAUGGUCCGAUCAAGCUAUGUUACAUAUAUUAAAGAAAUAAAUGUGUGUAUAUACAGUAUAUUUACACAUACAGUAUGUGCAGAUGCUAUAAUCUGUUAAAAUUAGGAGUUUGUGUGAUGUAAAAAAAAUAAUAAUAAUAAUUAAAUCAAGAUAAAUCAUGUCAGAUAAAUCUUUUUCCUCCAUUAUUGAGAUAUAGCAAUCCAGAAAACUUAAGUGAAAAUCAAAUAGAAACAUUUUAGGUUAAAAAAAAAUGUAAAAAGAAGAAGAAGAAACUUACAACUACCUAAGAGGCAGGCUGCCAUGGCCCCAGCCCACCACCAGUGGGAGACGGAGAGCUACCAUUCAGUAAUUAGUGACAACAGGCCAGUGUGGGGUCACCUUUUGCUUCUUCUCAAGGCCUUGUCCGACUUCUGUAGGCCAUAUGCCUUGGUUAGCACUUUGUGUACAUCAGUUUUUAGUUAGCUCUGCACUUGGCUUUACCCCCAAUCUCAGUUCAGGGCACAGUGGAUAGCAACUACUGUCUUUAGGAUGCCACUACUGGGGUUUCAGCCUGUGUCUGGGCCAGUCCCCCAUUACAUACACAAAUGUGCGUAACUAAUGAUUUGUUAAAGCAUCUUUUGCUUGUAAUAAAGCACGGGAUAAUUUAAGGAUGGGUACGAGUCUAUUAUUUUCAAGCACCUCUCGAUUUGGCAAUUUUAUUCCACUCUUCAUUGCAAAAAUUCUCCAAAUCUAUCAAAUUGCGAGGGGAUCACCUGUGCACAGCUCUCUUCAAAGGGACUCAUGAACAACUAGAACAUAAAAACAUGAUCAUUCAUUAUCAUGGUCAUGGAUCACACAAGGUAACAGCACCACAGUAUUAAGAAUCAAGCACAUAUAUUUCUCUUUGUUUUUUACUUGAAUUUUGUUGUUACACUGUCACAUUAAAGGUGGAAUCACAUGAUGUUCACAUCAGUUACUGUUAACAUCAAACGUCUGAAUGGUAUAAAAAUGAGAACUCAGUGAUUUCAACUGUGACAUGGCCGUUGGUGGCCUGAGUAAAAAACUGUUUCAAAAACUGUUGAUCUCCUGAUAUUUUCACAUACAACAGUUUGGAGAUUUUGGUAUGAACAUUUACAUUUAUGGCAUUUGACAGAUGCCCUUUUCUGGAACGACUUGUGUC